AUGACUGGGAGUACAUUCAAUUUACGUGGAGCUGUUAUGUGGACCAUUAAUGAUUUUCUUGCUUAUGAAAAUUUAUCAGGUUUAAGCACUCAUGAUACCAGAGGAAAAAAAUUUAUUCAAGAUUAUCAUCUUACAUCAGUCAAUAAAGUUGUGCAAAAGAUUCAACAUAGGCACGUUUGGGAUGUCCCUGAGAAAGAUGAUGAUAGUGUGGACCAUGAUAAUGAUGAAGACGAUGAUGAUUAUGUAGAUGAAAAUGAAAUUUUCAUGAGACCAAUCCCGAACGAGGAUGAUGAAGUUAAUAUUGAAUUAUCUAGAGAUGAUGUUGAUUCUGAAUUUUUUGAUGCUAAUGACAAAGAGGUGCAAAGAAUGUUAGGGCUAGAGAAUGAGGGGGAGGGGGAAGAGGAGGAGGAGGAGGAGGAGGAAGAAGAGGUUGCAACUUGUGACACAGAUAGUGAUUGA